CGUGGCCGAAGCCGACGCGGGCUGUUUAACUAUGGCAACAGGAGGCCUGGAGUCCUCUCCCACUGCGCGGCAGUCACUGCUUACCGUAUUGCCCGAUGUGGGCUGUAGAAUCGUUUUCACGCUCAACGCUCGGAACAUGGAGGGCAAGGUUGGAUUUGCCGGCGAUACCGAGUUUGCCCCCGGAAAGUGGAUCGGCGUCAUUUUGGAUACUGCUGAUGGCAAGAAUGAUGGAUCCGUCAAGGACAAGCAAUACUUCACCUGCAAGCCGCAGCACGGGCUCUUCGUUCGACCACAAAACAUUGUGCAGGUACUCGAUCCCAAUGGGAAGCCAUUGCUGAGAAGGAAGAGUCUCUCUAGAAGCAGAUCAUCGCUAUCAUCUUCUGGCAAGAAAGAAGCAUUGCCGGAGGAAAGUCCCCUGGCGUCCAGCCCAAGCCCAGCUUUCUCUUGGAAGGAACCACUUGAGGAAGCAAAUAGACAGAAGGCCGCUCAAGAGCAGCAACUUCAGGAGAUGUCGGCCCAGCUGAAGGCGAUGCAAAGCACAAAGGAUGAGUGCGGGCGAGGUAUGCAGGAAGCGAUGUUGGCAUCCGAAGAAGCUACAAGGCGGUCCAAGGAGCUGGCAGAGCAGCUGGAGCUGUCGAAGCAAGCGGCAGCUUCCGCGCGGCAGCGAUCGGAUGACCUUGCUGAGUCCCUUCGGAGGGCCGAGGACGCCCUCAAGGCCAAGUCAGAGGAGCUGCGGCAUACAGAAGAAGAGCGCAAUAGGCUGAGUUCGAGGGCAGUGCCAGAGGCCGAGGUGGCGUCCCUGCGCCAGGAGUUGCAGGCAGAGCAAAGACUGCAGCAGUCCAAGUCUGAAGAAAUCAGUCGCCUUGAGACUGUGCUGCAGCAGGAGAAGCAAAUCUGCGCAUCCUUGCAACAGGAUUGGAGGGCUGCGCAGAGUUUGGCCGAGGAGGCGCGGGGGGAGCUGCUGAAGGCGAGCAAGGCACAGAUGGACCAGGCCAAGGAGCUGGAGGCAAUGUCGCUGGCAGCUUCGCAGAAGCAGUGCGAGCUGGUGAGGGAGAUCCAGGAGCUCCGCGACGAGCUGACGGAAGCGCGGCGCCGCAGUGCCAAGGAGCGCCACGCCAAGUCAGAGAACGCCCUCUCUCCUGUGAGUGGUCGAUCAAGCUUCGCCAGCUUUACCGACUUCUUUAUGAGCCAGAUGUGCUGCUCUCGGAACCAUAGCCAGACCACGCUGGUUCCAGCUGACGACGAUUGUACCCCAGCGCAUGGGAUUCGCCUGGAUGGAAAUCCAGGAUCCGGAGAAGCGCCGACUCGGGGCAGGUGAGCGUAGGAGAACGGUAGCCGAGGGCAAGGGCCACCAGAAGCUCUUCGCCUGCAUCUCUAAGAGAUGCUUUUCUUUUUUUUUGGUUUUAUUUGAGCCGCUUUGCUCUUUUUGGGCUGCGCCCUAUCCAUAAAUAAGGGGGAGAGAGGUCCUGCUCUGAACAGGGCGAAACUGGUGGGA